AUGCAAGAGUCGCUCUUGGAAACUCGGACACCAUCUGCAUCUGCCUGCUGCACACCACGAGGAUGUGGCAUAGCAUUGUUCGUGGCUACGUUUUUUGCCCUUCUCGUCGCCCGCUGGGAGGAUUGGCAGCGGGGAGCCGGCGGAUGCGGCGCUGCUCCAGAACUUCCACCACACCUGCCCAGGCAGGGGCCGAUUCAGGCCGCCGUCUUUGAACGCGCGCAGCGUCAGGCGCUGGCAUUGGAAGCUUCUGGUAAUCAUGCGCUGAUUUCGCUGCUGCGCUCUCCAGCCUUGCGCAGAUACUUGGCCCUGUUCGAUGACGGGAGCCAUCUGCAGCAGCUGUCGCCCGAAGAGCUACAGGUACGGCUGAAACAAGAGCUGGGCUCGGCGGAGCUAGUGCACAAUUUCGGCUCUACCGCAGAUCCGCGACGUGAAGGGAACUGUGGCUUAGGUGUUACCCUGGAACCUGCGAAGGGGCCCGAUGCACCCUACCUCUAUGAGGGCUGGAUGCUCCAAGCACUGCAUUUGAUUCCAUUGGAUGUGAAAAACAACGUCUACACAGAUGCGAUGGAGCAACACCUUUUCGGCUAUCCCCCCUUCGCCGAUCCGAGCUGUCCGGAUGUCCCCACAGCGGCCCAGCGGCCAAUGUACUCGGCCCUGAACAUGUACCGGGCCAGUGGAGGGAAUCCUCAAUGUGGACCGAUCUCGGCCAUCCUCUCGCGCAAGUAUGUCAAUGGAAGAGCAGUGGCCGCACCCAUCGACACCGGCCUCUUUGCCGGCUUCUGCGGCCUGGACACCAAGGACGCAGGGGUUUUCAAGCGCCCGGGAUGA